AUGAAUCCAAUGGCUCAGUUGUAUUAUAAGAAAGUGAGCUACUCUCCGUACCGAGACAGAAUCCCUCUGCAGAUUGUUCGGGCUGAGUUGGAGCUCUCUGCUGAGGAGAGGGCCUACCUCACGGCUGUGGAGAAAGGGGACUAUGCAGGUGUGAAACAUGCUCUGCGUGAGGCGGAGGUAUACUACAAUAUAGAUGUGAACUGUCUGGACCCUCUUGGGCGGAGCGCGCUGCUCAUCGCUAUCGAGAACGAGAACCUGGAGGUGAUGGAGCUGCUUCUGGACCACGGGGUUGCCACGGGAGACGCCUUGCUCUACGCCAUACGGAAAGAGGUGGUGGGGGCCGUGGAGUUGCUGCUGUCUCAUAGGAGACCUGGUGGAGAGAAACAGGUCCCCUCUCUGAUGAUGGACAGUCAGUUCUCAGAGUUUACUCCGGACAUAACUCCAGUCAUCUUGGCAGCUCACACCAACAACUAUGAGAUCAUUAAGCUACUGGUGCAGAGGAAAGUGGCCAUCCCCAGGCCUCAUCAGAUACGAUGUGACUGUGUCCAGUGUGUUUCUAGUUCGGAGGUGGACAGCCUACGUCACUCCAGGUCUCGUCUGAACAUCUAUAAGGCGCUGGCCUCUCCCUCGCUCAUCUCUCUCUCCAGUGAAGACCCCAUCCUCACGGCCUUCAGACUGGGCUGGGAACUCAAAGAGCUCAGCAAGGUGGAGAAUGAGUUUCGUCAGGAGUAUGAGGAGCUGUCUCAGCAGUGUGGUCUGUUUGCUAAAGACCUGUUGGACCAGGCUAGGAGCAGCAGAGAGCUGGAGACUAUACUGAACCACAGAGAUGACAGUGAAGAACUGGACUCCAGAGAGACCAGCCACGACCUGGCCAAACUCAAACUGGCCAUCAAGUACCAACACAAAGAG